AUGACGCUCUCCCAGUUGCCACAGCCCUUGUCCGAAGAAAGAUCUGGAAACCUGGGCUCUGGUUUUCUGACUGAAAGAAAUAAAGUCGUUCAUGGUCAAAUCGCAAAACCAGCUGUUGUUACUGGUUCUUCUGCUGUUAUUUUACUCCAGAAUUUUCAAGCUACUAAUACAAAAUAUCAGCAUGUCAAACCAGCUGUUGCGCCAAGCUCUUCCACUGCUCCUGUGGCUGCUGCUUCUUCCUUUACUUCUUCGGCUAUUGCUGCAUCUCACACACGAUGGAAACCACCUGCUGCUGGCCUUCACAAACUAAAUGUCGAUGCGGCUGCCAAUGCAUCAACAAACACAAUUGGCUUGGGUGCAGUUGUGCGUAAUGAAUUUGGUGAGGUGAUUACAACAAUUUCAAUGCCAAUGAAGGGCAACUACUUGUCACAUGAAAUGGAAGCUAAAGCAUUGUUUUUUGGCUUAAACAUGGCUUUGCAACACCAAUUGCCAAUUGAUUGUGUGGAAACUGAUGCUUUCUUGGUCUCUAAUGCUCUACGAGCUCCCUUCAAUUCAAUUUCAUCUUUUAGUGAUUUAAUUGUAGAUGUAAUUAGUCUCUUAUCCUUUUUGCCAAAUGUAUGUAUUUUUCAUGUCAAACGUGAUGCCAAUAUGGUUGCUCAUGGGUUGGCUAAACAUGUGUUAGGGGUGGAUGAGGCUUGUUUUUGGUUAGAGACUAUCCCUCCUCCUAUUUACUCUGUUGUUGUAAACGAAACUCUUUUCUAG